AUCCCCGCGCAAAAAGCCAACUUCUAUGUAACACUAUGAGUAGCAACGUCAGUUUGAUCGUUGACACCUAUCCUCCACCUUGAUCCCCAUUCGUAUUUCUUAAAAAUUCGCACUCACACAUUUACAUGCACACUUUCUCUGUUGCACGUUACUUUGUGCCCCCUAUUUUGCUUUUUCUCGUUACCAAACACGUACUCACACAGUGAUCACAAUCUCUCUCUCUCUCUUAGCUGUGGUUUAUCUGCUCUUCCCUCUCUCUCGUCUUGGGUCUCUUAUUUUUCGGUAGGAACGGAGCAAGGCACAUUAUGAUGUUCAUUUUGUCUCUCAGGGUUUGCUUUUGCUUCUCUGUGUAGCUUUUCUUUUGUUUCAAUUUCAAAAUUUUCUAUUCGAUAAUUCAAACUUCUCAUUUUUGGUUUGAUGAUCCAUGCAAGAUAAGAUUUUGGUCACUGUUCGCAUUGUAUUUGUACCGUUAAGAGAUUUUUUUAGUUACCUUUUAGGAAGUGUUUUAGUGUUGAAGUUGGAGUAAGUAGAAAUAAUGGACCAGAAGACAUGGCUAUGGAGGAAGAAAUCUACGGAGAAGAUGAUUGUUGCAACUGACAAAGUAAACUUCUCUCCCAAUAGAAAUGAAGAGAUACAGACACUUUUGGAUAAUAAGGCAGAAUUGGAGAAAGACCUGAAAAGUUUAAAUGAUAAGCUUUCUUCUGCCUUAUCUGAAUGCAAUGCUAAAGCUGAUCUUGUAAAGAAACAUGCAAAGAUGGUGGAGAAAGCCACGACAGGUUGGGAGGGGGCAGAAGCCAAAACAGUGUCUCUAAAGCAAGAGUUAGAUGAAGCCAUACAGCAGAGAGCUGCUGGAGAAGAAAGAUUAACUCACUUGGAUGCAGCCCUCAAGGAGUGCAUGCAACAGCUGUGCUUUGUUCGAGAAGAGCAGGAGCAGAGGGUUCAUGAUGCUGUGAUGAAGGUAUCAGGGGAAUAUGAGAAGUCCCAAAUGAUUUUGGAGGAGAAGUUGUCAGAGACCAGUAAAAGGCUUGCAAAAAUAGGCGUUGAGAAUGCUCAUCUAAGUAAUGUUCUCUUGGCAAAAGAAAAGUUGAUUGAAGAUCUAACUAAACAGAAGGCUCAGGUGGAAGCGGAUUUUAAUGCUCUGAUGAUUAGGUUAGAAUCUGUAGAGAAAGACAAUGCUUCAUUGAAAUAUGAAGUCCGAGUUCUAGAGAAGGAGCUUGAGAUUCGGAACGAGGAGAGAGAAUUUAAUCGUAGAACAGCUGAUGCAUCACAUAAGCAUCAAUUGGAGAGUGCAAAAAAAAUUGCAAAGUUGGAAUCAGAAUGUCAGAGGCUACGUCUGCUUGUUCGCAAGCGGUUGCCAGGCCCUGCUGCCUUGGCAAAGAUGAAAAGUGAAGUUGACAUAUUGGGAAGAGAUUCAGUAGAAAUGAGGAGGAGAAGAACAUAUUCUAGUCCUAGUGGUUUAAUUGUUGACAAUGCUGUUGACAACUCCCCAGAUACUCCCAGCAAAAAGAUCAACUUUCUGACUGAACAGUUAUGUGCCAUGGAAGAAGACAACAAGGCUCUCAAAGAAGCCCUUAAUAGAAAAGCAAAUGAACUUCAAAUUUCAAGAACCAUGUAUGCUAGCACAGCUUCCAAAUUAUCACAAGUUGAAUCGCAUCUUGAUGAGUUGUCCAAAGGCCAGACAACCUUGGAGCCUUCAAGGAGUGGUCUUGUGCCACAUGAGCUCUCUCUGGCCACAGUAUCUGAUGUUGGCAGUGAUGAUAAGGUUAGCUGUGCUGAAUCGUGGGCUUGUGCUUUGAUUUCAGAGUUGGAGCACUUCAAAAAUGGGAAACAAAGGGAGUCACCUGCAGUUAAAACUGUAGGAGAUUCAGACAUAAAUCUGAUGGAUGACUUUGUGGAAAUGGAAAAACUUGCAAUAGUCUCAGUUGAUAAGCAGUCAGGAAGUCCUCAUGUUCCAUCUGAUGAUGCUAACGCAACUGUUAGCCCCAUGGAAAUUGAUUUGAAUGGGAAUCUCUCACAGGUAACUGAUAAGAAGAUUGUUCCAAUUUUGGGGUCUGGCUCUAGGGCAUCAAACCUGGUAAUUAAGUCCAAGGAUGGAAUGAUUGCUAAAGCUUCUGACUGGCUUCAGGAUAUUCUGAAAGUGUUGCUGGAGCAAACUCGAAUCACACAAAGAAAACCUGAUGAAAUACUGGAGGAUGUUAAAGUAGCUUUGGUAGGCAUAAGUAAUGGGAGCCCUGGAGAGCGUCUUGAUACAAGGGAGACCUCAAAACAUCUUGAUGCAUCAAAUUCCCCUCAAGUUGGUGGUUACAUCUCCUGGAAGCCUACAGAUAAAUCUUUUCUGAUGGAUUCAUCUUGUGGAAUUAAUGAUGUUGAUGUCUUGUUGACAGAUGGGAAUAAUCAGAAGUUCCAGUCAGAUCUAGGAAAAUCGUUGCACAAUAUAAUUGAGCAUGUUCAACGGAUCACUUUACCCAAUUAUGGUACUUCAGGUACUUUGUCUGGAAAGGAAGGGAAUUUCUUUCCAUAUAAGAAUUUGGAGACAUCUUCAGGCUACAUGGUUCGUGUUUUACAGUGGAGGACCUCUGAACUGACUGUUGUACUGCAGCAAUUUGUCCAUGCUUGUUAUGAUCUGUUGAAUGGAAAGUCUGAUGUCAGCAGGUUUGCUCAGGAAUUAAGUAAUGCUUUGGACUGGACUAUGAACCACUGCUUUUCCGUUCAAGAUGUCUCAAGCAUGAGGGAUGCAAUUAAGAACCAAUUUGAUUGGGAAGAAUCGCGAAGUGAAAGUGAACCAGAGGUUGGAAUGAGUAGUCAAUUUUCAGAAGUGGAUAAAUUGUGCCUUUUCUGUGAUUUGUCUAUGGUUGCUACUUCAAAUGGGUUUCAUAACUGUUUUGAAAAGGAUGAAUUUCAAUAUACUGUUAGAGUUGAAAAUAAGAAAUUAAAAGAUGAACUGAUUGCCAUAGAAUCUUCAAAGAAAGACUUGGAAGGGAGGCUUCAAUCAGCUAUUGAUAAGAGUGAAUCCUUGAUGAAUCAACUUCAGGAAUCAGAGAAAACCAUCGCAAGCAUGCAAAAAGAAGUAAUAACUCUCAAAAUGUCCAAAACAAUUAUCGAAAAUCAAAGUGAAAAUCACAAGUUGAUGAAAGAAGAUCUUGAUACACAGCUUAAAGUGGCCAAAGCAGAGUUAAAUGAGGCUCGCCAGAAGUUUUCUUCCUUGGAAGUGGAACUGGAGAACAAAAACAGCUGCUGUGAAGAAUUGGAGGCCACAUGUCUUGAGCUUCAGCUCCAACUUGAAAGUGUAACGAAGAAAGCAAUCCCUAGUCAUGAACUCCAUCAGGAAGAAAAGCAACUUCGAAACGAUUGGGAGAUAACAGCUGCUUCAGAAAAGUUGGCAGAGUGCCAAGAGACUAUUCGAAACCUAGGAAAGCAGUUAAAGGCAUUGGCUACACCAAGUGAAGCAGCCCAGUUUGACAAGGUCAUCUCUACUUCCAAUGAUACAAAUGCUGCCCCUGUCACCAUCUUGACAAGCACAGCCCGGAGCACACCCAAGGAUAAGAUCAUGAACCAUAGGUGCUCUCUUCUAGAUCAGAUGUUAGCAGAGGAUAAUGCUGCAACAAAGGAUAUUAAAUCUUCAAAAAUCAAAGAAAGUGACAACUAUAGUUCUGCCUUUGUUUCCAAUGGGGUUAUAGAACCUUUAGAAAAGAUCUUCAUUUUGAAUGGAGCUAAACACCAGGAUGAUGAUGUUGCAAUUAGUUCUUUGGCCAUUGUGCCUAGCAAUAAAAGGGGAGGUAUAAGUUUGUGGAGGAAGUUAUUUUGGAGAAAGAGAAAUCCAACAGCAGGAAACCACCCCUUCCAUUAGUUCCAUAACAAAUCAUAAUAUAGAAUAUAAAGUUCGCACGGUGUUCUGUUGUGAAGCUGGGGAUUGAUGCAAUAAGUUCUGCCUUUCGUUAAUCUUUUGGGAGAGUUUUUGCAUAGUUAUUCCUUCUGUAUAUACAACUGCCGGAUAGACAAGUUUAUGUACCACAGGAAAAAAAAAUGACAUUCCGCUAUCGUGUGCAUAGCUAUCAUCUGUACCUGCUGUUCAUAGAAAACACAUUGCAAAGGUUAGUUUUCAUCAUUUGUGUGUAACGGCAUUUUCAUGUAAAGUCAUUUAUACCCAGUUCUGUACAUCUUUCUCCAGUAAUAUAUUUUCUGGAUGCAUAUCUAGUACCAGAUUCUUUGACUCCUUCA